AUGGAAAAAGAAUCGGAACUUAUUAAUGGGGAUAAUGUGAAUCAAGGAAUUUCUGAAAUAUCCUCUGCGACGCCACCUACGCCCAUAUCGCUUUCUCCGCAAGAAUAUCGAAAAUUGAUCUGGAAAAUUGAUCGUCAUGUUUUGCCAGCUUUGUUUACUCUUUGGAUAGUCGCCGUCGUUGAUCGAGGCAACAUCGGGAGCGCAAAUAUCUUCGGCAUUCAGGAGGAUCUUCAUAUGCAAGGAAACGAUUCAACAUGGCUCUCCUUAUCGUCCACACCACGAGACGUUAUUACUGGCGAAACCUUCCUUCUAGGAAUCGUAGCUAUUGGAGAGGGACUUGUCACAAAUCUUGCGGGGUUCUAUGCCAUGCGUUUUUUUGUGGGGUUAUUCGAAACGGGACUCAUCCCAGGAAGUGUCUUUAUUCUGAGUCAAUAUUAUCCUCGGUAUGAAAUGCAAUGGAGAUUAAGUAUGUUGAUGGUUGGCAAUGCCCUUGGAACCGCAUUUGCUGGACUUCUUGCAUUUGCUAUUGCUGGUACCAAUACUUCCAAUGGGUAUAAUGGUUGGAGAUGGAUCUUCAUCAUCGAAGGGUGCAUUACUGUUGCAGUGGCGGUUGUUGCCUACCCAUUCAUGCCAAAGUGGCCGCAUCAGGCAAAAUGGAUGUCCGACGAUGAAAAGACUUUUCUCGCUGAUGCAAUCAAGCAAGGAGGGGUUAUUGAACCGAAGGGUGAGAAGUUAGACAUACACAGAUUCGUUGGCGUUUUGAAGGACUGGAAGAUAUAUGUAGCUGGUAUUCUUCUAGCGUUUACAAUUAUGACGUCAGCUAGCGUCGGGAUAUUUACACCAACUAUUGUUUCUGGCAUCUCUGCUCAUCAGGAUCCUCGCCACGUACAGGUUCUCUGUAUUCCAGUCUUUGUUGCAGCGGCAGUAUCUUCAUUGGUAGCUUCAUUUUUAUCAGAUUAUUACAAACAUCGUACAGCAUUCGCUCUUUUUGGAUACAUUAUGAUCGUAGCUGGUGCGAUAAUCUUACUUAACCAAGAUCAUGUCAACGCGCAUACCAGAUAUGGAGCGGUCUAUCUCCUGGCUUGUGGAAUCUACAUUGCUGUACCAAUAAUCUGGACAAUUCUACCAAAUAACGUUGCUGGAACGUACAAGACGGGAAUUGCAAUAGCAAUUCAGGUCAGCAUUGGGAAUUUGGGGGGUGUAGCUUCAACUCUUUGCUUUGCAAGUACCAAGGCACCAUCUUUUGUCUUGGGAUAUACAACCAUUGUGUGGAUGACUUGUUGUGCUGCGGUUCUCUUAAUUAUCUAUGCAUUGUUUUUGUGGAUGGAGAAUAGGGCUAGAGCAGCUGGUAAAAGGGAUUAUUUGUUAGAGAGAGAGGAUGUCGACACGCUCGGGGAUAUGCACCCUUCUUUCAGAUAUACUUAUUAA